GGGGAGGCGGGUCACAUGACCUUGGAGGCACACAGCUCCCAGUAAGCACGCUGCAGACUGAUCCUAACCCACCCUGUCAAUCAUUAAACUCUUGAGGAUGGUUGGUUUUCCUACACCAACUUAUCUGCUGCCUGUCUUACUCAGUCCAUUGUUUACGUCACCUAAGCUAGUUCAUAGUUUCAUUCCUCAGAGUAAUAAAAUAAACAAAGUGAAUUGUUACAGCAAGUAUUGUUAUUAUAAAGGAUUUUAAAGCCUGUGAAAUGUCAGUAAGCCUGCAACCUCUGUCUGUACGCUUCCAGCCUGCCUUUAAUCUAACCUUUGUGUCCAUUCUCUUGGCUUCAGGGUCCAUCUAUGGCAUCUGGUUCUAUGACAAAGAGGACUGCCAGCGAAUAGCAGAGCUCAUGAAGAAUCUGACGCAGCAGGAGCAGCUCCUGGCACAGCAGGGGGAGGGAGCUUCUCCGGGGUCUUUUCCUGCCAGGGAUGGCAAAGGAGUUGACAUUCUGCAAAUGCUGACCAAAGCCAGAGUCGAGUACGAUAAGGGAAAGCCAGCUUCAGAGCCCAAGGAAAUAACCAGCAGCAGCGUGAUCCAUGACAACCCCAACCUGAUUAAACCCAUCCCAGUCAAGCCCCUGGAAAGGCACACUCCCAGCCACCAACAGCCCCCCCAGGACACUGACACAAAACCCAAACAUCAUUUACUGGCUGCCCUUUUCGGGGCGCCCUCCAGGCCUGAAGAUUUGCCCCCACCAACAACAUCAGGACUCUGCGGAGGGCGCCCUCCAGUGGCUCGUUCCCUGUCCUACGAGGAGCCUGGCCAGAAAGGCGGCAUUAAGCCGGCGCCAUCGACCCCGGCCCAGCCCUGUGCGGCUAUUCAGAAGCUGAUGGCGACGCAGCGUGGCCCAGGGGAGCUGCUGCAGCCUGUCUCCGAGUCACCAGAAAACCGGCUGUGUGAGAACGGCGGGGCAGGACCUACCCACUGCCGGCCCGCAGACCCCCUGCAGAGACUUUUCCCAGACCCCUCUGCCUCCUGCUGCCCCCAUGGAGCCCAUGCCCAGCCAGCACCAGUCCUCCACUGCCUCCAGCCACCCCCAGCCCCGGCUCAGCCCCAAACCCAGGCUGACCUUGCCCAGCCACUGUUCUUCAGCCCCGGCAAGCCCUCACAGGUCUCCCCCCACGAGUUGCUGCAGCGUCUUCAGCUGGUGCAGCAGGAGCAGAGUCAGGCUGCCGAGCCCCCCCGACCCCCCCUUGCACCGCGCUUCCAGGAACCGUCCACCUGGGUCGAUAGGGCAGCCCCUGCACCCGCCCCUCCUGCCUCCGCACCACCUGUCACUCACAAGCCCAACCCACUUUUCCAGGUGAUCUCCCCCCAGCGUAUUCCCGCCACCGUGGCUCCCACCCAGUUGCUGUCGCCCAUGGCCUUCUCCCAGACCAAGCCCUCCAAGCCUGUCACUGACCCGUGCCCCCCCUCCACCUCACUGAUUCCCUCUCACACUCUGACUCGGAGUCAGCUCCAGGCCACACUUCUGCAUCUCAUCCAGAAUGACGUUGCCUUCCUGGACACCAUCUAUGAGUCUUAUGUUGCCACGGUCACACAAGAUACAGCCGCAAAAAACUUCUGAAUGGGGGAACUGAGGAUGGACACCAAUGCCACCAUUUGUAGCCACUUUGUUUCAGUAAUUUGACCGAAACUUCUUUAGCUGUCCACGUUUAAUUUAAAAUUUUAAAGUUGCGAUUUGAUUUUACAGUUCUAUUAUUAUCAUGAAUAAGCAGCAAGACAUUUUAUACAAGAUGCAUGUAACCUGGUCUGCCAUUUUAACGUGCUUGUAUAUAGUGUGUCCCUGCCAUAAUGAAGUGGUACCCCAGCCUUAAAAAGACUUUCUCAUUAACAACAACUAGCCUGGGGCCCCCUGGGGGGUAUUCCACAAAGCAGGAUUUUUUUUUCAUUAGCUAGAUAACUUAAGCCAAAUGUAAGGAUUGUCCAAUAAGAAUGUUACUUAGCUCUCCUCUUACUGGACGAUUUUCACAUUUGGCUUUAGUUAUCCAGCUACCUGGGAUACUUUGUGGAAUACCCCCCAGGUCUCUACAGCACACAGGGAAAACACCUCAGAUUCAAGCCAACUCUGUUCCAGAAACCUCAUUCUGCUUCCUAAGACUCAUAAACAAUGGAAAAUAUUUUAUUUUACAAAACACAAAAUAGAUAUUUUUCUAUUGUGCCGUGAUGUGUUCUUCCUAAGCAGGUAAAAUCCUAUUUUACAUUUUUCUGUAUAGGGAAAAAAAGCCCAUUCUUACAAAAUCUUUAUCGCUUGAGUCUUAUAUCCAGAGUUUCAGUUUUACUCAUUUAUUUUAAAUGGAUAAAUCAAUAAAUAAAUAAAGUGUUUUGUUUUGACCAUCUUAAAA